CGACGAUAACGACCUGGACGAGGUCGACUAUUCUCGACCAUGAACCACACAUCAAAUGCGACGCAUAACGUGUUUCUUGUGUCCGAAUUUCGGCACAAGAUACAUUGCGGUGUAGCGAUAUGCAGCAGCACAUUCCAUUGCUCAUGCAUGACCCAGUCGUGAAUUCUUCGUCAGCUGUGCCACCAAAGUCAGCCUGCAUGCGAGUGGCUAUACACCGGUCCUUUUGCCGAGCAGAAUCGCUGUAGUGAUUACACACACAAGACCAGACGAAUAGUCCGGAAGAGUCCAUUUACGAAAACCAUAUUUUGUGCACCUGGGGCCUGUCAUCCCCGAAUAUUAAUCAACCCGAGAGCAGAUGCCGUCUCAUAUCUGAGCUCGAAUGUCAUGUACACGGCGACCGAAAUCACUUCUCAGACGGGCAAUUCUCGCAUCAUCCAUUCUACGUACAUUGUCCCGCCGUCCGGGCGUGUAGAUCCGAAUACUCACAUUACCCACAACUCGUAUACAUUACCCUCGGGAGGAUUCGUCAGUAGCAUUCAUAUCGGUGGCGGCUCCAGAUCAAGAACAGCGACAGGCGGCGGCGGCGGCGGAGGAGGAGGUUGGCCUCCUCCCGAGCCAUUACCUUUAUAUCCUCCUGGUGGUCCACGAUCUCCGUUUCCACCACCUCCAAGGCCACCAACUCGACCGCAUGGCCCGUCGCACCACUCACGUCCUCCGCCUCCUGCGCCGCCGCCGGUCAGUCCUUAUCCGAAUGCCUCGCCGACUUUGCAGCAAUGGCUCGACGACACACGUGGUGCCGGUCGUGGCAGAGACAGAGCACCCAGCGCGCAAUACACCGAUUCGGACAUCCGUCGAAUCGACGAUCUCCUCGAUAGGACCCGAAGACAACAGCAACAAUCCCGGCCAAGCUCGGCGGCAUCGGGCGCGACCUAUCACAGCGGUUAUGCGAUGACACUGCCUUCGGGGAGUUUCGGUUCGCAUGUUUCAUUCCGAGAGCCUGAUUACGCCGGUCCGGCCCACGAGACCGCGCGGUCGGAGGAGUUUGUGGAUCCUCGCCGCGGCCCGAGGAGGAGUCAUAGUUAUGGCUACCCGCAUCAUCAGCAUCCUCACGACGCGGCAGGGAGUAGACGUCCGCCUCAUUUACACCGCCCAGGCUUUCCGGCUACUGCACCGGAUGCCUUCCGUCCAGACGGUCUUUUCCCUCCGCCACCGCCGCCACAACAUCCUCUAGCUGGGCUGCAUAGCAGUCGAGUGCCGCUCAUGGCGACGAGGUCUGCGCCCGAAGUACAUAGACGGCCUACUAAUCAUCCCAUCCGCAGCUCAGGAGUCCAAUCCGAUGGCGUCCUCCGACCACAUGAUCCGAGACAAAGUUCGGGAUACAGCGCAAGGCACGCUUCUCCUCGUCAAGAAGACCCUCACUUCAGCCAUCCAUCCCAUCCCACAAGUCCAGAUGUUCGCCACAACCCGAACAGCCGUAUCUACACCGAUGCGCAUAACAACAACAUCAUCAUCAUCGACACGCAGCCCGCCGGCGACGAUCGGAACGAACCCCCCUCCUCUUCUGAUGAUGAUGACGAUGACGACGAAGAGAGCAUCCACCCCCGCGACUCCAUCUCCAACGUCUCCCGCACAUACGGGCGCCGUCAGCGCGACCUUCCCACUCGACACCACGAAUACCAAGACUAUCCCCCCGGUCGAAGCUACGACUAUCCUCAUCCUCCUCCCGCUCAACCCGAAUCGCCAACAACACGACAGACCGCACCUCCACCACACGACCCGCCGGCGUCCCACCAUCCCCAUCCCCCUCCCUCUUCGAUCGAACAGCUCUGCCGCGACGACGAGCUCCUCGCCGCGAUGCUGCAGGACAUGGAACUCCGGCGGACCCUCUCGCGACGGAACCCCGACAGGGACCACAACAAUGACGACCCUCAUGAUGAUGAUUGUGUUAAUGAUGAUGAGAAUGAACGACCCUAUGUGGAUUUCGGGCCCGAGGGCGGUAGUAGUAACGAUGGGCAUGGAGGAGGAGGAGGAGGUCAUGGGGAGGGCUCGGCGAGGGCGAGAGGGAAAGGCAAAGGGAAAGGGAACGGGAAGAAGGCGAGAUAUCCCGAUUCGGCGCCUUGAAAACCGGGGCAGGGACUGAUUGGAUGGAGGGAUGGAAGAGGGAAGGAAAAGUUCUUGUUUGAAAUGUUGUCUCUCUUGUCUGCCUACCCGCUGUCAGAGCUGUCGAACAAUUUUUCGCGGACCGCGAUUUCUUUCUCUUUUUCUUUCUCUAUUUUUUUUUCUGGGCACAAAGUUUCCCGCGCCAUGUCAUUUCAUCUCAACUUCUAGGCAAGCAAAGCAAUUAUUUUUUCCAUUUUUAAAUAUCCAAG